AUGAAGAAAGUGAUGGAAUCAAAGAAGCAGGAUCCUCCAGGUCGUCCAGGGCUGCCCCUCACUGGUUCUAUGCGCCAACUUGGCGGACUUCUUCAUCAAUCUCUGUGGCAAAUGUCGAAGAAAUACGGCCCUGUAGUCCGAUGGAAGCUAGGAAAUGUAUCUUUAGUCGUCAUUUCCUCAGCCGAAACUCCUAGACAGAUUCUCAAAGUUCACGAUUUCGAGACUUGCGGCCGACCUAAAUUGUUAGCCACAGGCAUUUUCUCAUACGAUUAUCUCGAUAUAGGUUUUACUCCUUUUGGCGAAUACUGGAAGGAGGUCCGCAAGAUUAGCGUUCAUGAGCUUUUCAGCAACAGUAGAGUCCAGUCAUUUAGGUACAUCAGAGAGGAAGAGAUUGCUUCACUCGUUCAAUCAAUCUCUCAAUCCGCUGCUUCCAAGUCACCUGUGGAUUUAACCGAGAAGCUGUUUUUCCUGAAAGCGAAUGUGAUCUGGAGGGUUGCGUUUGGAGGCAACUUUGAGAAGAAUAAAUGCGAGCACGUUUCAGAGGAAGUUCAGCGAAAUGACAUCGAUUAUGGGAUCCUUCGCUGCUUCUGA